AUGGAGAAUUGGGUUUUAGUUAAGAUUAUAGGUCGAGGUUCUUAUGGUGUAGUUUGCUUAGCAAAACAAAUGACUAAAGAAAAAUCCGAUCGUCACUAUUAUUUUGCCGUCAAACUUACUUCUCUUCAACGUAAAUCUUCAUUGUUAUGGGAAGAACAAGUGUUGAAACAUUUCAAGGAUUGUCCUGAAAUUGUUCAAUGUUUAGGAAGUGAGAUAACCUUCGGAGAUAUUCCCGAUGAUAUGGUUCUUUACAAUUUGAAGUUAGAGUAUGCUCCUGGAGGGACGUUAGCUGAUUUGAUCAAACAGAGAAAGAAGUUACCUGAAGAUGAGGUGAAGGAUUAUCUUCGAAUGAUACUUAAAGGCCUCUCCUGUAUUCAUCGUAGAGGAUUUGUUCAUGUUGAUCUUAAGCCUGCGAAUGUUCUUGUGUUUCCCCAAAGUGAUGGGAAGAUGAAAUUGAAAAUUGCUGACUUUGGACUUGCUGAGAGAUGCAAGCAUAUUGUUGAUGAUCAAGAUAGAGGGUAUUUGAGGAAGUUUAAAGGAACGCCUAAAUAUAUGUCACCUGAAUCCAUCUUUUUCAAUGAAGUCAAUGGUACGCAUGAUAUUUGGUCAUUGGGUUGUAUUUUGGUUAAAAUGGUUUCGGGAAAGUCUGUGUGGGAUGAUUGUCGUGGUUCUGAACAAUUGAUGACAAGACUUUUGAAUGAUAAAAAUAUACCAACAAUACCUAAGGAAUUAUCCAAACAGGGAAAGGACUUUAUUAAAAGAUGUUUUAUUCGAAAUUAUAAACAACGGUGGACGGCCGAUAUGUUACUCCAACAUCCUUAUCUCAAUGAAGAAAAUGAAGCUACGAAGAAAGGUGAUGAUAUAGUUAAACUUAUCAAAGCCAUUCGUUUACCUCAUCAAUUUUUCAAGAGAAAGGCUAAAUCUAGUAAUAAUGAGAAAUCCAAUCGUCAAAAAGAAGAUUAUUUACCUCAUCUAUUGUACAAGAAUAAAUCAAAUAAGUAA